AUGCAUGCAUACUUGGGCGAAGAGAAGGUGACAAAACUCCACUUCUUCUUCCAUGACACCAUCUCUGGCCACCACCCCACCGCCGUGCCGGUGGUUCAUCCUAAAGGAACAGUGAUUAAGCCAGGUAAUUUAGUGCCUUUUGGUGCAAUGGCAGAAGGAUCUUUGUAUUCGUCGUUGCUUUAUGACUUUGGGUUCAUUUCCGGUGAGUUCAACGGUAGCUCCAUCAAUGUGUUUUCAAGGAACCCAAUUUUGGAAAGUGAAAUGAAAGUGGCCAUUGUUGGUGGUUGGGUGAAAUUUAGGAUGGCACCUGGCUUUGCCAAGCUUAAAACGUACUUCUUUAAUGCCACCAGUACAAUUGAUGCACUGUUAGCCUUGAAACUGUUGAUGUGUGCACAAAUGCCAGUAGUAAGUUCUUCAACCUGUUGA